AUUAACCUUUUCCUCUCUUUUCCUCCCCAUUUUGUACCCGCUGCCUCCUCCCAGGACAUCAAAGGCACCUUCAUCAGGUGUGAGAACAUCAAAUUCCAGGAGCCUGAGAUGGUGCCGGUGGAUGUGGGGAAGAAGUUCCGGAAUUGUUUCCUGCAGGAUGUGGUGAUGAGGAAAAUGGAAAAAGUUUUCAGCAAAGUGCCCCAAGCCGACGUGACCCUGGACCCCUCGACGGCGCACCCGCGCCUCAGUCUGUCCCUGGACCGGCGCAGUGUCCGUCUGUCCGAGCGGCGCCCGGAGGCCGCGGGCAGCGCCCGGCGCUCGGACGGCGAUCUCUGCGUGCUGGGAGCCCCCGGCUUCAGCGCCGGCCGCCACUACUGGGAGGUGGAGGUGGGCGGCCGGCGCGGGUGGGCGGUGGGAGCCGCCCGCGAGAGCGCCCGGCACCGGCACAAGGAAGCGUCCGGCGGYUCCUCCCCGGCGCCCAAGAGGGAGAUUUGGGCCGUGGGCACCAGCGGGAAAAAGUACCAGGCGCUGACGGCCACGGAGCAGACGGCGCUGGCGCCCGGGGAGCAGCCGCGGCGUUUCGGGGUCUACCUGGACUACGAGCGGGGCCAGCUGUGCUUCUACAACGCCGAGAGCAUGAGCCACAUCCACACCUUCCACAUCUGCUGCCGCGAGCGCGUCUUCCCCUUCUUCCGCAUCCUGGCCAAGGGCACCCGCAUCAAGAUCUGCACCUGACGGGCCCCGGGGGCUGCGGGGGGAAGGAGGGUGUUGGACUCGGCUUCUCGCACCUUGUGAGGCUCCUUCCUCCUCCUCCUCCUCCUCCUCCUCCUCCUCCCGCUGCUGCUCUGCCCGCGCCAGGAGCGGAGCUGGCUCAGCUCGGGAUGGGGAGGCCCCUUGGGAUUGAGUUUGGGUUUGAACAGGGCAGGAUCUGCCUGGUUUCAGUUGGAAUGGG